UUUCAGUCAUGUUAGCGCCAAGUGAGAGGUCGGGCUUAGAGUUCGGGGCUAUCCCAUGUUCCUGCACACCACUGCGAGCGGGGUGUUUGGAUAGAUCGACUUUGUGUAGUGUUUAGCGCUGGUGUGUCGCAUCGGCGUAGCUACGGUUAAACUCUAUCGCCCAGCGCAGGGAUGUGACGCUUGCCGUAACACGGCUACACGCUUUUUAAUAAUUCUUUGUUGUGGUUUACAUUUUACACGCCGUUCGCAAAGGGCUCAAAACUUUCUAUUUCCACUGGAAAAUAUUCUCGCUAGUUAGCUGUUUUUUUUGUGUGUGAGUGUGUGUUGAUUUUGCCAGCGGCUGAGAAGGUUGGUAUGAUGGUUGUAAACAAAUAAGCCUCAUUGUUCGCCCACCUUCUGUAGGAGUGUGUGCUCCGGCCACCACUUGUGUUGUGUCUGCAAGCAAGAGUCACUGAGUCCUCAACAGUAAUUGGAUACGAAUUACAAAAUAUGCGCAGUAACGAUGUGUCAGCGCUGUAGUUAGUAUGUGUUUGUUAUCAAUGUCAGCGGACCCAGGAGGUGGUUAACGGUCAGUGGUUGAGGUCAGCAAAGACAGCAUCCAUGCAAACCCCACAACCGCAGCAACUCAGAGCCUGAACACACCUGGAAGUUGGUCGCCCACGGUGGCUAAGUUUUCAUUUUUGUGCUGGAUCACCACGUCCCCUACCCCACGCUGCCCCCCGCCCAGCACCACCUGCAGCAGUUUUACCCCCAGGAGCACCUGCAGCAGACCCAGGCCAUCCCGCCGGCAGCGGCUCCGCCCCAGAGUCGACCUGGCACCCUCGGCGCAGACGCCCUCAACCCACGACGCCCCCCUUUCCCGCAGCAGUGCGGCCCCGUGGCGAGCAUGGGGGAUUUCUAUGCCCCCAAAAGAAAAGAUGUGGUUGACAAACUCCGUCGACGGUUAGAACUCUACCGCCACCACCACUCGGCCUCAGGGAACCGGUACCUGAGCUCUAGGCCCAGCAUCCUUGAGCAGCAGAAGUCAGACACUCUUUUACUUAGGCAGCGUUGGCUGGAGAGCCGGGCCAAGAAAGCCGCCAAGCAGUCUAAAGCUAGCAGGGACAAUAAUAGCACUCAGAGUGACCACAGGAAUCUAGUUGUCAAUAAACUGAAAAGGAAAAUUGACACCAGCGUGAAUUCUGAUGCGAAUACAGCAUCAACGGCGACAACCACAUCCACGACAACAUCAGCGGAUACCAUUUUCUUUGGGGACAAAGACCACAACCCCAGCAGCAACAAGAACAUCAAGACCAGCAACGGCAGUACCGGGGCCAGCAGUUCCAGCAAGCACGCCCCACUGCCGAGCUUGUCAGUGCAAAUUGUCCAGCAAAUCAGUUCCCAUUCCCAGCAGGAGGCAUCCCAGACCAUUCACACAAACGUCACCGUCAGCUCACGUUACGGUAACUCAAACUCCCCAAACCCAGGCGGCGCCAGCCACAGCGUGCUGACCAGUGUCCAGUGCAAACAAGAGCCAUCGGAUGACAAUCGUUCGGCCGCCAGCAACACGCCCACGCCGUCGUCCUCUAUCCACAACCCCCACAUCGACCACGAGUUAGGCAUCGGGAUUGAUGAUGUGGAUGAGCUGCAGAACAUUCUUGACAGCAUCGAGAAGGAGGAGAUAGAUAACAACACCCUACUGCAUCAGAUCAGUGAGUUUGAUAAGAUUUUCAAAAGCAUUCAAGAUUCAGAAAAGAAUGAUAACAGCGCCAUGUAUGGACCGCUAGGCUGCAUCUCACCGGGAAUUUCUAAAGGGCUCUACCCGGGAGGCCCCCUUAGCAAUAUCUUUGACAACAAUCAAAAUAUGAACACUGCCGCCAUGACAAACCCUAACACCAUUCCAGUUCCGUCUGCUAUUCCAGAGCCCACAGGGCCGGCCGCUGAGACUCUCAAACAAAUGGCGGCCCAGCAUCAACACCAGCACAGCCCAGGUUACCCAAUGAAAAGCAUGGACCAUUUUUCAGAUGGGUUGCGCAACGGGGGCUACCCACCUAACUACUCACAGCUGUACCGCUCACCAAAUACACCAACCUCAUUCCCGUAUAAUCACACCCCCAACCAUCAUCUCGGAGACGCUUCCCAGCUGACCCCUGAUAUGGCUGGCACCAUGGUCUACGGAAGCACCAAACCUCUAACCCAUUAUUCCAACGACCAAGGCCAACACAACUCACCUUCCUCUCUACAACAGCUGCAGAACCAGGUUCAAAGCCACUUCAAGCCGUCAGCCUCUGCACCGCACCAAAUGCAGAUAACCCAAACCCAGCACAUGCAGGUGUCCCACGGGCCUCACAGCAUGCAGCUGUCACAGACUCAGCAGGUGCAAAUGCAGCCGUCGCCCCAGCAGAUUUCCAUGUCGCAACAGCAGAACUUCAGCAUGGGUCAACAGCAGAUGGUCAGCGAGCAGAUGAAAAUGCAGAUGAUGGAGAAGAUGAGGAUGGAACAGCAACAGGCUCGAAUGCCUCCCCAUUACAUGGGAAGACCACCCCCAGAAUACAAAAUGUCCUCCAAUGCCAGACCUCAGGGACCUUACCCUAACCCAUCCCCCACUGCAGGGAACCCAAACCCUCUUCAGACUAUGCAGAACAUGGUCAACCAAACCUCCGCCUACGGGGCUGUGAAGACUGAAGUGGCAGGACCCCCAGCCUCAACUCAAGCAGUCAAUGGCCUAAUGCAGUCUACCCAGAUUUCAGCCAUGCAACAGCAGACUAUGUCUGGUGCUCUAGCAUCCAACGGCCCCCACAUGAGCAACUUACCCCAGUCUAACCAGGGCAUUAGACAAAACUUCCACCCUCAACAACAGCACAUGCAGCAGCCCCCAGCGUAUUCCUCCGUGGACACGGCCUCCAGAACUGCCUCCACAUACACCAGUGCAAUAAUGCGGAACCAGAGGCCGCCCAAUGUCAACGUAGGCCCCGAUGGAUUAAACAUCUCCCAGCCCCGCACACACGCAGACUGGCCUCGUUCUGGGAUGAUGGGGGCCCAGCAUGCCGGGAUGAGACCGGGCAUGCAGCAGACUAGCGCUCAUGGGAUGACCCAGUCUGCCGCCAUGUCUGCUCAUAUGAUGCAGUACCAGCGACCACCGCACUAUGGCGCCGGACCGGCUACAGGAAGCAUGGCUGCAGCGGCGGCCGCAGCGGCUGCGACCAACAUGGCUCAGAUGCAGCAGCAGCAACAGGUGAGGGGUACCAUGCCCGGCCAGAUGAACAGGGUGGGGCCAGGUAUGAUGCCGAACGGCACCCAGAUGAUGAUGCAGCACCAGAGCAUGCAGGUGAGCCAGCAGAUGAACAUCCACAGCUCCAGCCCCGGCUACACCAUGGGGGGCCCUUCUCCAGGUGCCUCAAACGGGGCCAGCACCGGUUACAGCAUGGGCGGGCCCUCGCCUGGGGCCACAAGUUCUCAAAACACUGGAUACAAUUUAGGGGGUCCCUCGCCGGGUGCCACCUCAUCAGCUUCGGGGUAUAGCAUAGGGGGGCCCAGCCAGCAGACUGUUUCUCAAACUACAGGUUUUCCGGGGCCUCCCUCAUCCACACCAAACCAAGACGAAUUUUUACAUUUUCUGGAUAAUCCUUUAAGCUCUCAACCCAUGUUCGACACGCUACACAGUAGUACCCCUGACGACUUUAGUUUGUUUGAAGACAUAUUAAACGGAAAGUAACACAUUUCACCACAUCGCGGUUAUGAACUUAUCAUCAAAACCUUUUUUUUUGAACCAUUGAUUCCUAUGCUAUAAAGCAUUCCAUCACCAAGCCAUAUUCAUUCAUAUAUUAUUUUACAUAAGGUAAACAUGUCGAAUAAAUAGUUCAUGAUAACGUACUUAAGACAAUAUAGCCACAGCUGCUUACAGUUAAGUCCAUCAGGUGCAACAUGACAUUUGUAUAUUUCAAUUUGAACUAAGCUUCACCUGGAGCUUAUAAAAAUUAUUUUGUUUGUUUUAUAAUGCUACUGAUAGCCAUGUUUCUUGUCCAUUUCCACUUAACUAUUUCAGCUUUAUUUAAAGACAUAACUUGCAUAUAAAACGAUGCCUAUACGAGGGCAAGAAAAAUGUAUGAUAUGUACAGUUAUUUCCCAACAUAUAAUAAAUACUAUAUUAUUAUAUUAUUAUGCAAAUUUGUAAAUGCUUUUUACAGCAUUAUCAUUGGUUACCUCAUUGUUCUUGUUUUGUAAACAAAAUUUUUUUUUAUUUCACAAAGCUGAAGAGGUCAGUUCUGUUGUACUUUGGUUGCAUGUGAAAAUACUGCUAACAUUCACUAACAGAUGAUAGUUGUUUUUUUCAAACACUGCUGUAAAGUUCUGUGCUUGUAUUUUUAUAUAGCUUGAAUACUCUCUACCGUAAUGGUGAGUAUCAGCUAGAUGAGCUGACAUACCAGCUAUAGCUAGAUCUACUUAAACAACAGCAUUGUACCACCCAGAACUACAGCAUUGUGAAGCCUCCAUUUUGUGGCUAUUAACAAAGAAUGUUAUUAUGCAUUAGUGUUAUUAUAACUGCUAAAAUAAUUCUAAUAUUUUAGAUGAUGAUUUUUUUCAAACAUUUUGCAACAAAUUUGAAACACAUUUUUAACUAAUAAAAAUCUUAAGUUUGGAUCUGGAAAUAUACUUGAUAGCCUUUGUAUUUUAGAUUUAAAGAUGGCCUUUACUUAAAUAUUACAAUUUUUAAUUUACAAUAUAUUUAACAAAACAUUUUUUUAUACUUAGCUUGUGGCAGUUUAUUUGUUAGCAUUAAAAAAAAUUGUAAUAGAGUCAGUGUAUAUUUUAACCCUGAAACAAACUUUUCUAUGUGGCUAAUAUACCAAAAAAAAAAGUUUUACUGUUUAAAAUCCUAUUUGCUGUAGGUUUUUUUUUUUUAGAAAAAAAGAAGUUGAAACUGAAAACUGCUGAAUUAACAUGCUAACAUGUUACCAGUAAAUGAUUCAUUUACAGUGUAAUUUGUAAAAUAAUAUUUACUAUUUAAUAAGGUAGUUAUGCCCACUAAUUGAAAUUAUUGGAAAUAAAGGUUUAUAAAAAUACUCUAAGUGGUAGUAUUAAUAAAAAUGUGUUUUUCAAUUAGAUAGUUCAGAUUUACAGAAAUUACUACUUGAAAAGUUUGUUAAAGUAUGCUCUACCUUCUACCUCAAUAUUUCUUAUUGAAAAUAUACCAUAAAAAAAUUUGUCUUAGUUUCUCAAUCUUUUGAAAAUUUAAAUUCAGUCAGCUGUUGUUAAAAAAACAACAAAAUCUUUACAAUUAAUUUAUUUCUGUCCUUUUCUGUUUUCAUUCUGAGUACAUACCUGUUAUUGUUCAAACUAUAAGCUGUCACUCUUGAUAUGAACUAUUUUCUACAGUAUUAUCUCAUCAAAAGCGCUUAUUAUAUUCUUACACUGUUCUUAUCGUUGAUGGGACCAAAAUAAUUUCUUUUAGUCUGACUUUUCAAAUUCCUGAUUUUCAUUGUCAUCUUUUUGUCUGCCUAAUGUGAAACAUUUGAAAGGAGAAAUAAAAACAACAGCCCAUUGACACAUUUUAACAUUUCUCAUUACUGUUGCAUAUAUACAUUUUGUAAAGUUUCUGUUUUCCAAUUCAAAUAAAGUAUUAUAAAUAUUUAUUUUUCAAAGAAGUUUUCAAAUACUGUGUCCAAACAUCUUGUCCAAACCAUAUCUUCCAAUCCCCCAAUUUUUAAAAAAAAUUCUCAGCAGUGUAUGUCACCCAGACAUCCCAGCAGAGAGUUUUUAAAAUCCUUAUGAAGUAGUGAAAAAACCAAUUCAACUAGCCUUUUACAAAGCUUAAAAUAUUUGGAUAUUAAAUUGAAUUUAACCAGACAAAAUAAACAACCUUUUCAUCAAGUUUGAAGUUUUCUGAAGUCAAAAUAAGAUUUAAACUGUUAUUUUCUUAAUCUUUAUGUUAAACAAACCUUUAUAGAUUUUUACAAAGUAAUUUGGAUUAUCUGAUAUAUACAGAGUUCAGAGCCAAUGAGGUCCUAUUGUUAACUUAUUAUUCAUAAAUAAUCAUGUCAUUUUUCACCAUUUUAUUCUUAAAAGUGAAAUAAAAUCAAUAGUAACUGUAAAAAAAUGUUUUUAGAAAAUGUGAAUUAUUAAAACUGAAUAUUGCUGUGGAAAAUACUUAGGUUACUUGGUAAUUGUGAAAUAAGAAAAAGUAUAUGAUACUUUUACUUAUAGUUUUAUCUUAUACUAAUUAAUGUAAAAAUUUGAAUAUACUUUUAAAAGUAUAACUUAAAUUGUUAUACAAUCAAACUGGUUUUUUUUGGGAGUCAUUAUUUCAGAACUAGAUUUAUUUCUGACUAGGUUUAACAUUUUUUUAAAAAUUGUCUUGACAUUACAUUUUUUAGUUUUGUACAUAAUAUUUUAAACUAUGUAACCCUUAGUUUUAAUCAAACUGUUUUUAAAAUUUGUGAUUUAUUGACUGGUUUUCAGUUGCUAUGCAUGAAUGUUUUUAUUUAUAAAAUUUCUUAAUUUUCAUAGGUCGUAUUUUGCUCGCACUGAAAGCUGCAGCUAAUUAUUUUUUUUACAGUAACUUGUACGCACUUGACAGUUUCUUUUCUUCCCCAAGUCUUUCAAAGAUAUUAGAUUUUUAAUUUGACUUUUACAGCAUUUUAGGAAAAAGCAUCAAAAAGUUAAAUGCCGUUAAGAAUUUUUAUCCAAAAUUACAUUUUUAAAUAUUUUCAAAAAACCGGUAGUAGUGUAAGCAUAUUUUAAACUGCUAAAAAAUGACUGAAAUGCUGUUGAAAAAAAUAAUUUUACGAGCAAAAUAUAAAAUAUAGAAAUUUUUCUAUGAUAACUGUUAGCUUACCCAACACCUGAAUUUAAGUUAUUUAAAAUAUCUAGAAUAUUUUAGAAUAUUUUCUAAAGUUCUGAUUACAUAAAUAUGAUCAUGGGUAUGCAAUAUACUGGUAGAUUCUUUCUGUACUAACUAGAGAGUAUUCUGUUCCUCACUCAAAUUCCAUCAGAUCUACAUAUACAUGUUUAUGACCAUGGCUUCAACUUAUAGAAAAGCAUACAAUUAUGCUAGUACAAACUUUUUUCCUGCAUCAUAGAUGAAAAAGCCACUUUGGCGUUACAUUUCAAGAUUUUCACAACAAUGUUUGAAAACAUAUUCUUCCAACUUAUAAGUCUCUAAUGGAACUGUUAAAAAACAGUAAAAUAAAAUAUUCCCAACCCCUUCCCCAGUUGUAAGAGUUGAUCUGUGGACCCCCACUUUGUGACCUGUUGUUUAGUGCCGAAAGAAUCCACUUGUAUUUUUUAUUUAAACUAUUCAAUAAAAAACUGCUUAGUUUUUGGCUGCUGUGUGAAAUUUUUUUUGUUACUGGUAUCAGUUGUUAAUAUUUGUAACACUGAGAAAAGAAACUGAAGCAUUGUAUCCAACUUUCACAUGUUUUAACUGAAUCAAGAAUUAAGUAUUGAAAAACAAUGUGUACAUACAAUCAUUAUCAUGUCACAAAAUGAACAUGUCAGUCAGGCUGAGAUUUGUUUUGUCCUUGAUGUCACAAAAUGUCAUGUGUCAUUUAUGACACAAAUUACAGACAUUUUUUCAAAAAUAUUUAAAAUGAAUUUUUAUUUUUGUAAGAAUAUUACAUGAAACUUUUUUUUUAAACAUUGUUUAGUUUUUUUUUAAAUUAUGUGUCUCAUAGAAUUCUCGAACAAUUUCAAAACAUUUAUUGCAUUCCUGACAAUUUUCAAAAUAGAUAACAAAAUUCUUGACCAUUUUAAAAAAAUAUUGUCAAAUAAUUCUUGACUAUUUAAAAUUAUAGUCACAGGUUUUUAUUUUAUAAUCUUAAGAUAAGCUAAUUGUUCCUUACCUUUUUUAAACAAAAAUAUUCAAAGAAUUCUCAACCAAUGUUUCAAAAUUGUAACCCAUAGACUUCCUUGUCAAUAGUUCUAAGUUUCAAAUUCUGUCUAAUAACAACUUCAAACUGUAUCAUGUUUUUACAUGAAAUUGAGCUGCCCCUGUUAAUAUAGUUCAUUAUUAUGUUACUGUUGCAAAAGAAAUAUGUCUGAAAAAUCAAAGUUUGUAUCUACUAGCUGUUAAUUUGCUUGUUUUACCUGAAUGAUUCACCCACACUGAAGGCAGACUUGUCUUCAUGUAUUUUGGUAGUUAGUCCCACUUGUUGCUUAGCUAUCAGGUUGUUUCUUGUUAGCCUAUCAGGUGGGUUUAGCUGGUUACCCUAUCAGGUGGGUUCUAGUUAGCCUAUCAGGUGGGUUCUAGUUACCCUAUCAGGUGGGUUUAGCUGAUUACCCUAUCAGGUGGGUUUUGCUGAUCAUUAGUAAGUCAACUGGUGGAUCAACCCAUUCACAAGCCAUCUGAUACUAUCUGUGAAGUUUAAAAAAAGAUAAUCUUGCUUCUGAUUUUAUGCACUUAAGACCUAACAAGUCCUCUACUCUCUACUUAGGUGUCUAUGAAUGAAGAAUACAAUUAAUUAAAAUAAUUGUCUAACAUAUAAUACAUACAGCAGAAAAUUACAAUUACCAACUAGACUACUUGGCUGUCUAGGUCAAUAUCUUCAAUCAGAUCUAGAUCUAUUCACAAUACAAAUUACAAAACAUUGGAUCACAUCCUUCAAUGAUGAUCAUUGACUUGUUUUUGUUCCCCUUUCCUCUUCACAAGAUUCAUGUCAUGACUAUGAAUAAUGACCCCUUACAAUAAAGCAAUAUAAAACAAACUCCAACUGAAUGGGAACAUUUACUAAUUUUAUUUAAUUUACAAAAUGACUAUUCUUAUUACAGUAGGUAGUUUAUUAACUGUUAUAAAACAAAAAAUAGGGUGUUCUUUUUUUCUAUGCACACCUGAUUUGACAUGCAACUUAACAAGCGUAGUGAACUUGUUAUGAUAUUAAUAAUACAAUUUUAAACUUCUUUCACAGGAGAGGAAGUGUCUCAGUUUCUGUGUUUUUCCCCCCAUUGAUGCAAAACUCUUUGUAAAUAAAUGUUUAUUAUAUAUUAAAUACACAUGAUGAAAGAU